GAAACUAAUACCUGUAACUGGAAGAUGAGCUCGAGUGACAUUUCUGAUACUGACACUGGUGGAGGGUUUAUUGUUGAUGACAACAACUUUGCUUCCAACAAAAGACGCAGAACGCGGGCCAAGCCUGCCAAUGUGUCAUACAAGGAAGACUCUGAUAUUGAGGAAAUACCUGAUGGUACCGCUGUUCUAACACCACAGACUGGUAGAAAUGGGUCUAGAACACGUCAAACGCGUAAAAACACGCCUAAAAAGACGGUAAAAAAGGUGGUGGAGUCGGAAGAUGACGACGAAGAGUUCACGCUAGAAGGUGCACCUGAAGAAGAGGACCAGGACGAUGAAGACGAUAUCCAAAUCCUUCAAGAAUCGUUCACAGAGCCAGCAGGCAUAACAGAGCUUGAUGCCAUCGAGAUUUCAGAGGACGAAAUACCUCUAGCGGAGGUGAAAAAACCGGCUCCCAAGAAGAGAGCAAGGAAGAAAAAAGAGCCUAAAGUCAAGAUUCCAUAUUUCACCAGAAUAACCGAGAGGCUCUACGAGAAUCAUCCGUACUUGAAGGAUGUUUUCCCAUACUUGGAUAUGCUUCCUGGGAUCGAGCCCGAAAGAGCCCCACAGCCAAGUGGCAUGUCCAUCAAGUUAUUGCCAUUCCAGCUCGAAGGUCUCAAUUGGCUCAUCAAGCAAGAAGACGGUGAAUUUGGAGGUGGGAUUCUUGCGGAUGAAAUGGGAAUGGGAAAGACCAUUCAGACGAUUGCGUUGUUCAUGAACGAUUUGAGCAAGGGGCCCAAUUUGGUGGUUGGUCCUACGGUUGCGCUAAUGCAGUGGAAACACGAGAUAGAAAGUCACACCAAUAAUAAGCUUAAAGUUCUUCUUUUCCACGGUGCCAAUAGAAGCUCCGAUGUUUCUGAGCUCAGCAAGUACGACGUGAUCUUGACGUCCUACUCGGUGUUGGAAUCGGUUUUCCGGAAACAGAACUAUGGGUUCAAGAGAAAGUCAGGGUUGGUGAAAGAGAAAUCUCCCUUACACGCGAUCAAGUUUUAUCGUGUCAUCUUGGACGAAGCCCACAACAUUAAGGACAGAAGCAGUGGUACAGCUAAGGCUGCCAAUAACUUGAACACAGAGAAAAGGUGGUGUUUGAGUGGUACACCAUUACAGAACCGAAUCGGAGAAAUGUACUCGUUGAUCCGGUACAUGAAAUUGCGGCCGUUUCACGAGUACUUCUGCACCAAGUGUGACUGCUCAAGUUCUGAAUGGCUAUUUAGUGACUGGAGACAUUGUGAUAUAUGUGGUCACACGCCGAUGGUACACACCAACUUCUUCAACCAUUUUAUGUUGAAAAACAUCCAGAAGUUUGGGAUUGAAGGGGAUGGGUUGGUGAGUUUCCAGAACAUCCAGUUGUUGUUGAAGAAUGUAAUGCUUAGAAGAACGAAGCUUGAACGGGCAGAUGAUCUUGGAUUACCUCCUAGAACCGUCGAAAUUCGGUACGAUACCUUCAACGAAGAGGAAAAAGAUUUGUAUAUUUCCUUGUACAGUGACUCCAAAAGAAGGUUCAAUGACUAUGUGGCCGAGGGGGUUGUUUUGAACAAUUAUGCCAACAUCUUCACGUUGAUAACCCGAAUGAGACAGUUGGCGGACCAUCCUGACUUGGUGUUGAAAAAAGCUGGUAAUAACCCCAUCAGUAAUGAGGUUUCUGGUUUGAUCGUGUGCCAGCUUUGCGACGACGAGGCAGAAGAACCCAUAGAGUCCAAGUGCCAUCACAAGUUUUGUCGGUUAUGUAUCCAAGAGUAUUGUGAUUCAUUUGGAGGGGAUUCAUCCAAGUUGGAGUGUCCCGUGUGCCAUAUUGGUUUGUCGAUAGACCUUCAACAGCCGGCUCUCGAGGUGGACGAGCAAGAGUUCUCCAAAGCCAGUAUUGUAAAUCGAAUUCAGUUGGGUACACAUGGGAAUCAGUGGAAGUCAUCAACCAAGAUCGAAGCGUUGGUGGAGGAAUUGUAUAAGCUCCGUUCAGACAAACACACCCUCAAAUCGAUUGUGUUCUCGCAGUUCACAUCGAUGUUGGACUUGAUUGAAUGGAGACUACGUAGAGCCGGGUUCCAGACGGUCAAACUACAAGGAUCAAUGUCUCCGCAACAGAGAGACAAUACCAUCAAGUUUUUUAUGGAGAACGCCCAGGUGGAAGUGUUUUUAGUGUCAUUAAAAGCUGGAGGAGUGGCGUUGAAUCUCUGUGAAGCUUCCCAGGUAUUCCUCAUGGAUCCAUGGUGGAAUCCUUCGGUUGAAUGGCAAUCCAUGGAUAGAGUUCACAGAAUCGGACAGAAACGGCCUAUUAAGAUCACUCGGUUCUGUAUCAAAGAUAGCAUUGAGCUGAAGAUUAUUGAACUUCAAGAGAAAAAGGCCAACAUGAUCCACGCCACCAUCAACCAUGACCAAGCAGCCAUAAACAAGCUUACUCCCCAAGACUUACAGUUUUUAUUUAUGAAUUAGUUAUAUAUAUAUGGAUAUAGGAUUUUGCAGCCAUUAAUAGAGAGCGCGACAUUGUUCUAGUGUGACUCAUUGGAAGGUUCAGUGUCGCGCAAAGUCGUAGCUCCAGAAGAAA